AUGUUCGGGUACGACCAAGGCGUCGUCUCGAUAACCCUUACAAUGGACCAGUUUCUCGAGCGAUUUCCCGAGGUUGGCCCCAAUGCACCUGGUGCGGGAUUUCAGAAAGGAAUCCUCACUGCCAUGAUCGAGCUAGGCGCCUUCAUUGGAGCAAUGAAUCAGGGAUGGAUUGCCGACAAGAUCUCUCGAAAAUGGUCUAUCAUGGUUGCCGUGAUAAUCUUCCUCUUUGGUUCGGCUCUCCAAACUGGCGCUAUGAGUUUUGAAAUGCUUGUAGGCGCCCGGUUUGUCGGAGGUAUUGGUGUCGGUAUGCUGGCCAUGGUGGCACCUCUUUAUAUUUCUGAGAUCGCGCCCCCGGAGAUUCGUGGUACUUUGCUUGUUCUGCAGGAACUUUCUAUUGUUACUGCUAUUGUGAUUGCUUUCUAUAUCACAUAUGGUACAAGAUACAUUCCGAGUGAAUGGUCAUGGCGUCUUCCUUUCCUUAUUCAGAUGAUUCCUGCCGUAUUUCUUGGCGUCGGUAUUCCCUUCCUACCAUAUUCACCUCGUUGGCUCGCUGGUCGAGGCCGAGAUGAAGAAGCACUCCAGGUUCUCUGCAAGUUGCGCGGUGUCGACGCUACUGAUGAGCGCGUCAUCCGAGAGUGGGUUGAGAUUCGCUCCGAAGUGGCUUAUUGCAAAGAAGUGAGCAUCGUGAGACAUCCAAAGUGCCAGGAUGGAAGUUACACUAGCCGUGCUAUGCUUCAUGUCUGGAGCUAUCUCGACUGUUUCCGUAAAGGGUGUUGGAAGCGUACGCAUGUAGGUAUUGGACUGAUGUUCUUCCAGCAAUUCGGCGGGGUUAACGCCCUUAUCUACUACUCACCCAGUCUAUUCGCAGGAAUGGGUCUGAACUACGAGAUGCAACUCCACAUGUCCGGCGUCAUCAACAUCUGCCAGAUGCUAGCCUGUUUCUGGUCACUAUGGGGAAUGGAUAAGUUCGGCCGGAGGCCUCUGCUCUUUGGCGGUGCUGGUUGCAUGGUGAUUGCGCAUCUCAUCAUUGCUGUCCUGAUGAGCCAAUACCAAUCUAAUUGGCCUGCUCAUUCAACAGAGGGCUGGGUUUGCGUCGCUUUCCUGUGCUUCUUUAUGCUCACCUACGGAGCUACUUGGGGUCCCAUUCCUUGGGCUAUGCCUGCCGAGAUCUUCCCUUCCUCGCUACGUGCUAAGGGUAUGGCAUACUCCACAAUGUCGAACUGGCUCAACAACUUCAUCAUCGGGCUUAUUACUCCGCCGCUUGUGCAAAACACUGGGUAUGGGACUUACGCGUUCUUCUGUGUGUUUUGUGCACUAUCGUUUGUUUGGACGUGGCUUUUUGUUCCCGAGACAAAUGGGAAAACCUUGGAGGAAAUGGACUCUGUCUUUGGUGAUAAUACUUCAAGUGUGGAAACCGAACAGCGCGCGAGGAUUGAGGCUACAAUCUGGGCCCAUGCUGCGGGACGAUCUGAUGGACUCGAAGGGACUCAUCAAAUUACUUAG